UUGUGUAUUGAUUUAAAAUGAAAGUGUUUCUGUUAUUGUUUUGUGUCGUAUUUACUAGUUGUACUGGAAAUGAUCGUAUUGCACCGUUUAUCACGCCAUGCCCAGCGACCAACUCAACAUGCCUCAGGUUGUCAUCUCAGCAUGCGUUACCCAUAGUAGCCGCUGGGAUCCCGAGCCUUGGCAUGAGCUCCCUGGACCCGAUGGCCAUGAAGCAGGUUAAGGCAAUUCAAGCUGGACUUAAGAUGGACUUCAAAAAUACCCUUGUCAGAGGAUUGAGAAAUUGCAAGGUCAUGGAAUUGAGACGAUUCACUCACAAAACAGAAAUAGACCUACAGUGUUCUGUAACUUUGAUUGGUAAUUAUUCCUUGAGUGGAAAGUUGCUGCUAUUACCAAUUGAGGGCGAAGGGAAAUAUAAAAUUAAAAUACAGGACGUAGUGGUAAAAGUGGUGCUGGAUAUAGAAGAGCGCGAGUCUGCUGGUGAACGUUACUGGAUGGUGAAUGGUUUUAAGCAUACUGCUGAUGUCUUGGGUCGUGUACAAUUCAAUUUCCAGAAUUUGUUUAACGGGAACCGGCAGCUAUCUGAUCCAGUACACGAGUUCGCGAACACGAAUUGGAAAGAUAUAUUUCAAGAAGUGGCGCCUCCGAUUGUAACCACGAUAGUGUCGCAAAUAGUUGCUGAAACUAUUAAGCUCUUCGAUAAAGUACCGAUAGGACAGUUGGUUCUUUAA